GUAGUCGUGCUGCUCUCCGUCAUGCUGGUCCUCUUUGUGGUCAUGGUACCGUUUGUUCUGCUCGGCGCACUUAUGGUAUUUGUCGUGCUGGUACCCGUCACAGUGUUGCGGGGAGACCCGAUGGACUGGGAUGCAAUCGAGAAGGAGUUCAUGCCUGCAGGGAUGUGCGCACUGUGCUCGUCGGUGAAGUACAAGAACCAGUACGCGGUCGGGCAGUGGAGCCGGGACGACGGUCGCCGCGUGUGCCAGGUGUGCUUGGAAGGCAAGAAGAGCAGUGGCACGCCGUGGCAGUGCACGGAAUGCUUUCUGUGGAAGGGCCAGGAUGCGUUCCAUGCAUCCCAGCACCACAGCUCGAGACUCACGUCACGGCGUUGCGUGGACUGUCCUGAGAGGCGAAAGUGUUAUGUAUGCGAGGGCCGGAAGUACGAGGAGGCGUUCGUGGGUUUGCAGUGGGACAAGGCAGGGAACGCCCGAUGCAAAGGGGGAAUGUGCCGGGACUGCGAAGACGCGAAAACGCACCUGAAGUGUUCGCGCUGCGGCCAGGAGAAGUUACUAGAUCAAUUUGCCAAAGCGGAAACUAUCAUCAGCGAGGAACCCACUUGCAAGGCUUGUAAGAGGUUGCAGAGAGAGGAGGAGAAGGCCCGUGCCGAAGAGGCAAAAGAGCGCGUGUGUUCCAACUGCGGAAUCCCCAAAAGGAGAACCGAGUUUUCAGAGUACAUGCUGAAGAACGCGCCGAAAGCGUCGAUGCAAUGUAGGGAAUGCGUAAACGCUGCAGCAGCAGAGCGGGAUCAGGCGGCGAGGAAGGACAUUAAAACUUGCGUGGUGUGCGAGAAGGCGCAACGGCAAGAUUGUUUUUCGGAUUGGAUGUGGAACGGCGUUGCAGAUCUGCACCGCAAGUGCAAGCGCUGCGUCGCUGCGCCGAAGAAGGACAUGAAAACGUGCGCGGUGUGCGAGAAGGCGCACCGGCAAGAUUGGUUUUCUGAUUGGAUGUGGAACGGCGUGGCAGAUCUGCAUCGUAAGUGCAAGCAGUGCGUCGCUGCAGGGAGGAAGGAAGUGAGAACGUGUGUAGCGUGCGAGAAGGCGCAACAGAAAGAUUGUUUCUCUGAAAAGAUGUGGGACGGCAGGGCAGAACAACACCGCAAGUGCAAGCGAUGCAUCGACGACGCGAAGCUGCAGCGCGGGAAGUGGAAAUGUGUUGAAUGCAAAGGCGCUUUCGGCAGGGACGAAUACAGCAGCUGGUUGGCCGGGCGAACGACGCAGAAGGCGGAUGGGAAGCAAAG